UAUAUAAUACCACGCAGACAUUUUUAAUUAUUAUGUAUUUGCUAUAUAAAAAUGUAUAAACAUAUUUUCUUUCUUAUGUAUGAAUCAAGAUAAAAAUACAAUUUUCGCUUAUCUCUGAAUUUCUUUAUUAACUAAUCUAUUUAACACAUUGUCUAAACAAGAUGCAUUAAAUGGAGAUAUACCAAAUUGAUUACUCUUAGUUAUAAAAUUCGCCACCAAGACCCCGCCUCAUUCUUUUGUGAAAUGAUCACCACACAAGAUAAGCAUCUAUAUAUAUAAUUCUCUUCUUGGAGACGAUAGAAAACAAGCUGUAAGCGCGCUCCCGGAAACAAAAUUUAAGUGAAAACGUUACCUCACCCUAAACACGCAUUUUAAGCUAAUCCUGAUUUUUUAAAAACAGUAAAUGGAAAUUUACGCUAAAACCUUAAAAUAUUUUGAACAUAACCGGAAACGGAAAUCUAUUCGGAACCAUUUUGCACAUACGUAAAUUUACCAAAAAAGAUUGCAGGAGAUUAUUAGGAACCAGCAAUUUAAGUACUUGCAAGUUUACGAAGAUUAAUUAUUCAUAUUUGUUGAACCGUCGAAAAUCUUGGUCGAAGCUGUUUCUCUUUUUAAAAUUUUGUUUUUAAUGCUUUGUACUAACAUUUUAAAUUGAAGUCGCAAUGUGCUCGUUUCAUUUAUAUGGCUAAAGUUUUUUCCCGUCAGAGUGAACCAUAGCUUUUGUAAAGAGUAAUUUUUCUGAUACUUGCUUGCUUUGCUUUUAUAGAUAUAGAUAGGAAAGCCUUUAAUGAAAUGAUAACAAGAAUCACAUUCAAAGCUGCCAAUGCAGCUUUUAAUGCAUAUAGUUUUACAUUCAACUUUUUAGACGUUGAUUCUUUAUUCUUUAAACAUACAAAACGCAUCUACACUGCACUGCGUAAGCAGCAAUGUCAAAUAAUAAUUGGAAAACUCCUAUACUAAGGCCUAUAUUUUUAAUCAGUUUGAAAGUGGGCGUAUGCAUGACAGUUGAAAGCUCUGUUAGUUUAGAUAUUCUAAGUAAUACAGGUCGUCUAAUUUAGUUUCAAUAAAAUCACUAUUUUCCCGUUUACUAUUAAAAGUGACAUCGUCUAUCAAAAAUGUCUGACUACUUAAAGAAACAUUUAACUAAUCAGCUCGAGCUUUUGGACGAGUCAAGUUUUUACCUACAAAGUAGCAUCAGUGAUUUUGUACAGCAGAUCACCACAAUUGCAAAGAAAAGUGUAAACAACACUUCUGACACCAAUAUGACAGUUAAAGAUGCAAUCACUAUGGUAACAAAAGCGCAAAGUGCAUUACAUGAACAUAUCCAUUUAUUAACUGAGCUGACAGAAGAAGAGACAAGAAGAGAAAGUUUAAAGCAAUCACAAGCAGAGAAUAUUUCUAACACUUUUCUCGCUGAAAGUAAUACAGACGCAAUGAGAAGACUGACGGAUAUUGAAAAAUGUUUAUCAUCCCUUCAAGACGCAAAACAAAAGACUGAAAAUGAAAUAUCAGAAAUAAAACAAUGGAGAGACAACUUUGUAACCGAAAAAAUUAAUAAUGGGAAUCUAGUUGAAAAAUUGUCCAAGAAACAAAAACAAAAUUUUGAAAACAUUAAGAAACAAAUACAUGAACAAGGUAAUAAAAUAGAGAAACUGUUUGAAGACAUUGAAUGUAUAAAACAAAAAGAAGCAAUUUCAGAGGAAUCAAUAGUGAAAACGUCAUUAGAUUUGAAAGAUUACAAAUGUAGCUUAGAUAAAAUAAAUGCUUUGAUUAAUGGUCUGACUGUAAAAGUAGAAACGUUUUCACAAGAAAUUAGGAGCCAUUCUGAUUUGACAUCUACAAUACAAUAAGAUGGAAAGAAAAAUAAGAUGAAUACUACAAGCUCACGUGGGAAAUUACCUUCUAAGGAUCUGACUGAAAAAGUAGAACCGUAUUCACGAGGAAUUAGGAGCCUUUCAGAUUUGACUUCUACAAUACAAGAAGAUGGAAAGAAAAAUACUAUUUGUACAACAAGCUCACGGGGGAAAUUGCCGUUUAAGGGUCCGACUGAAAAAGUAGAGCCGUAUUCACGAGAAAUUAGGAGCCAUUCAGAUUUGACUUCUACAAUACAAGAAGAUGGAAAGAAAAAUACUAUUUAUACCACAAGCUCACGGAGAAAAUUUCCGUCUAAGACUGAAACUAAGGAAAAAGCUGUUUUAAAAGUGUCACAGGAUAUCACAAAAAUGUCCAAUCAACAAGUGACAUUUUUAAGUCCGUUGUUUAUUGCUUCACAAGGGUGCUGGGACGGGAAAACGUGUAAUGUAUACAACGUUAUUACAUUCAGUGAUGUAGAAACCAACGAAGGAAACCAUUUUGAUCCAAAAAUUGGCGUGUUUACCGCCCCUGUUUAUGGCCUGUAUGAAGCAAGUCUUACAAUAAAACAAACAGGAGAUCGUGCUGUAGUAGCUGGCGUUAGGCACAGAUCUUGUGGUGUAGUAUCACGGCUCUGUUGUGUUAAGACAACAGAAAAAUCUGUUGAAGUUUCAAGAACUUUUGAGGUUCCGAUGAAAGCUGGAGAUGUUUUAUAUUUAACCAGUAGCUAUAGUGAAUGUGAAUGCACACAUUUUUCUUGUUCUCGUCUGUUUUCUGAGUGACAUAAAUCGUAGCACAACUUUUACAAGUAAAUACAACGUUUUUAUCAUGUGCUAUCUAUCAGUUACAAUUUACUUUUUUUUGGUUUAUGCAAGAUACAUAUUAAGCUAAAUUCAAACAAAAAUUCAAACACAUUCUAUACAAAUGACUUACGUCCUUUUUCUCUGCUUUCACAGACCUCGAGGUGUCACUUAGCUUAACCGCUUGAUAUCUAUUCAUGUUAAAAUAAUAUAUAUUGCGUGAGUACCUAUAUGUGAAUAAUCAUUUAUUCAAUGCUAUUUUCGUUUUGUGUUUAUUGAUUAUUAAAAUAAAAUGACGAUACUCAUUUUUCUUAAUUAAUCAGUAAUAUUCUUUGAUAAACAUAUUUUUUUGCUUUUGAAUACUGCAUUGAACAAUGCCGAUGUAUUUUCUGCCUAUGUGUCGCAAUGAUCCUCAAAAUAAAACAAAAAAUAAACAAAAUGUAUUGUCUUAAAAAACAAGUAGGCCUACAAGAUUAUUAAAUAUUACGCGCUUAAACUGAAAAUUAUUUUUUUAUGUCAGGUAAAAUCGUCUUAAAUUUAAGUUCUAUCCAAUGUCCUAUUAUUGAUUGUACUUUUAGAAAAAAUGUCGCUUACCUUUUGAACUCAGAAUGAACUAAGGGAUAUUGUGCUAUCUGAAAACAUUAAAGCACAUCAAUACUGUGAUCAUCGUCCUUUAAGUGGGACACUAGCAACGAAUAAAAUCCCAUGUGCACAAGUUACAUACAACGAAAUAAGAACAGAUAAGUAAAACUGUCGCAAUUAGUACGUUUGUAUUGUCAGUAAAAUGUUUUUAUUUUAUAUGCAAGUUAAAAUAAUCAAUUUUGUACAGUUGGGUAAUCCAUAUCAUUGGUCUAAAAAACAACAAUAAACAUCUCUUUCACUGUAAUCUACUACUGAAAAAAAUCAAUUUAAAUUUAAAAAAACAUUUAAAAAUAAUCAAACUUCAUAUACAGCAAAAUAAAAAUUACUAGAGUAUUAUUUUGCUUAUAUAAAGAUGUACGACCUACUUUCUUUCAACCCAACAAAAUAUACACAGUUCAAGUUGUUUAUUCAGAUCAUCUUUAUUCAUAAAUCAACCUAACCUGCUCUA